GAGCCCCCACCCCUCGCCGCUGACCCGUGGGCUCCCCUCCCCCCUCCUCCGUCCUCCACCUCCCGCCCCCGCCCCCGCUCCCGCUGCCGCUCCACCACGCGAACCCUAGCUGUUGUUGCCGAAAGAGCUCCGGCGACCGAAGAGGAGAGGAGAAUAAAGCUCGAAUCUUGGAUGCGCCCGAGCCGAUGGCGACGCCCGCUGCAGAGAAGCCCGACGAUGUGGAGAUCCGCGAGGUCUGGGCGGACAACCUUGAGGCCGAGUUCGCCGUGAUCCGCGACAUCGUCGACGACUACCCCUACGUCGCCAUGGACACGGAGUUCCCCGGCGUGGUGUGCCGCCCGCUCGGCACCUACAAAUCCGCCGCCGAGUUCAACUACGCCACCCUCAAGGCCAACGUCGACAUGCUCAAGCUUAUUCAGCUCGGGCUCACCUUCUCCGACGAGCAUGGAGGGCUGCCGGCGCUCGGCCCAGGCGGCCGACCCUGCGUCUGGCAGUUCAACUUCCGAGGGUUCGACCCCCGGACCGACGUCGCCGCCGCGGACUCCAUCGAUCUGCUCCGCCGCAGUGGGAUCGACUUCGCCCGCCACGGUGCGGAUGGAGCCGACGCUCGACGCUUCGCGGAGCUGCUUAUGUCCUCCGGCGUCGUGAUGAAUUCCGAUGUGCGUUGGGUAACCUUUCACAGCGGCUACGACUUCGGCUACUUGCUCAAGUUGCUCACCGGCACAAACCUGCCUGACACGAUGUCGGGAUUCUUCAAUCUCAUCAAGAUCUACUUCCCUGUGAUCUACGACAUCAAACACCUCAUGAGAUUCUGCAAUAGCCUCCAUGGCGGGCUGAACAAGCUUGCUGAGCUGCUCGACGUCGCCCGGGUUGGAAUCUGCCACCAGGCAGGGUCCGACUCGCUUCUGACUGCACUUUCCUUUAAGAAGCUCAAGGAGGCAUACUUUAACGGGUUAACCGAGAAAUAUGCUGGUGUGUUGUAUGGGCUUGGCUUUGAGGGUGGGGAGACCACCUCAGCUCACUGAGUAAUGGAUAGUUAAAUAAAAGAUGAACUAUUUAUGGGAAUGGAAAAAUCUGUUUGGUUACUCUGUCUGAUGAAGUGAUGAUUUCCUUUUGCUUGCCCUGGAUAGGUAUGGCUUUUCACUCAAUUGUGAUUUCGGCACCAAACUACCUUCAGCUGGGCUGCUAAGGUGGUUUGUACUGUAUGAUUUAGCUUUGUGGUUUGAGGGAAUGUGCUGUUGACUGCUCUGUGAGGUUUAUAAUGCCACAGUAAUCACCAAUUCAGCAACUGAAGACUCAACACUAUCAACGUCUACAAUGUUAUGGUAAUCAAUUACACCAAGUCAUCAUCUGCAGUGUCAAACAUUGUUCAGUAGCUCUGUUCUUAAGGCGUCACCUAGGUGACGCCUAGGCGACAAGGCGCGAUUGGCAACCUGGGCGUCUGCUUCGCCUUGGCCGACUGCGUAUGGCGUCCACCUUGCGCCGAAGGCGUCGUCUAGGCGUCCAUAGGCAUCGCCUGGGCGUCCAAUUGGAUGAGGCGGGCGCCAUACGUGAGGCCCCAGGCGGGAAAGAGGGGAGGCGAGCGGGAACAGACCGAGCGGCGGGAAAUCGAGUGGGAAAUAGAGGCCGGCCACCAACAAAGCUUGCAAUCGACACAAUUUGGGAGGGAAACGGAGAGAGCUGACCUGUGGAUAGGGUUGGAAGAGAAGAGGGCGGCGCCUGGAGCUUGGGUCGCGGCAGCCGGCGGCGCAUCCUCGGCGGCGCCUGGAGCUUGGGUCGCGGCAGCCGGCGGCGCAUCCUCGGCCCAUCCGCCCCUGGCCCCUUCGCCCCUCCACUGCUGCUUUUCUGCCCUCUACUUCUCUACCGGCCACAGCCCCUCUGCUUCUCCACCGCCCCUCCAGCGCUGCCCCUCCGCCCCUGCAGCGCUGCCCCUCUGAUCUGUGGAGAGCGACGCUUGGAGCCUGGAGCUGGUCCGCUGGGAUUUCUCUGCUGGUCGCCUGGUCCACGACGGCCCUGCUGGUCCACGACACCAGCCCUCUCCUAUGGCCAGCUUGCUACUUGGGAGAAGAGAAUGGAUGGAAAGAGCAGCAGCAAAGGGGAGAAUGGGUGCUACAACAGCUCAACAAAGGUAUGUAUGUGUGCUACUAAAUUAUGUUGUCAUAGUAUUCUAACAUAUGUCUAUGGCGUCGCCUCGCCACGCGCCUUACGCGCCUAGGCGUCCUUAGAGGGGUGGGAUCGCCACAAACGCCUCACGCCUUAAGAACAGAGUUCAGUAGCAAAAGGAACACUUUAACUUGUCCUAUCAGUUACAUGUUUUCUGAGUUACCCUUGAAUCGUGGGUGUUUAACUGUUUAUAGGCACUAUUCUUAGUUCUAUACCCUUCUAUAACAGCCAGUUUACACACUCUUUUUAUGGAGGCUAUAUGGCUGUAGUUUUGCAGUCCCUAGUUCCCACACUACAAACACAGUGGACUAUACACCUCCGUCGUUUUGCAUAAUUUUGGGAGUCCAGUGGGCCACUUGAACCAACUAAUGAAUUGAACAAUACACUUGAGUUUCAGAUUCCACUGCCGAAAAGGCUCAUAUCCAAAUAGCAGUGAAUAACUGUGUAGUGCCAAGAGUGAAAAACAUUUCACAUAAGGUGCAAAGUGACAUAACAUAGUGUUAUAUUGUUCAUAAAAAAAUUCAUUCUCUGAAAGUCUCAAUUUGGACAUCUUGAAGAAGAUUUAUGUGAAUUUGUCUAAUAUGUAAUUCUGCAGAUAGCUAGGUAACCGAUUUAUUGUGUUCUGUUCUAUUCUUCCUGAACCCAUAUAGUACUGUCUUGGCUGCUGUAGAUUGUGUACUAUAAAGUUUGAAUUUCAUUAUGGGGACAUGCUGUCCUUCGUAGUAGAUCUCAUCAUUUGCUGCCAACAUUUUGUUUCUAUCUGUGUGAGUGCAUCAUGGCCAGUGCACAUACUUUUAAAUCAGAGCUUAAUUAUGCACUGUCUUAGAAAGCUGUUUCUUAAACAGUAUGCCAAAGUAUGGAUGGUCUACGUCUGCAUAGUGUUGCUGGUAUUGCCAAUUUGCUAACCUUCUAUUUUUUAUAUCUAGCAGUUACCACCUCUUUAAUCUUGGCUGCACAUAAUCCGUGGAGAAUCAGUUUUUUUUCUGCCUGAAUUGAAUUAUUUUGAUGUUUGCCUUAUUGAUUUAGAUGUCAGUUCUCUAGUUAAUAAUUUUAAAAAAAAAUCUUUGCUGCAUUAGCCCUCAUCAUUUCUCAUCAUUUGAACUGAUAUUACCCAUGUUCCCGGAACAUGGAUUGCGGAAUAAAAAUUUAACUGUUUAUGAAUA